CAUGUCAAGCCACCGCGGGCGCCCCUGCGAAACAACCGCUUCACGGCGAGCUAGCUCCCUGGGCUUGGUGACGUAGGAGGACAUCCACACAUACUCCGUACAUAAGGGAAGGUCCAUAACUGGACGCCGAAAACAGGGGGGUGCCAAAGAGGUGGGUGGGGCUGGCACCCCACACCGACCAAUAAUGGAGUUUGGAUUUCCUGCUCAGCGAGCUGGCCCGUGUCCAGAGGCGAAAAGUGAUCGGAUAUCAGAGGCAACAACUGCUCAACUGCGUGGGGGGAGGGCCCUUUUCGCUCGCGACGUCUGCCGACUUGGACCUCUCCACUCACUCCUUUCAACCUUCCCGGCAACAUACAGACUGCAAGAUGCUGUCUUCUGCGAGGACAGGCGCCUCGCUGGCCCUGCGAGCGAGACCAACGACACAACUCGUGCCCUUCCGCGCCGCCGCCGCCAUCUCGUCCUCCUCCCGCAAAGAUGCCGCGAGCGCCGUCCAGCCCCACGCCGGCUACGGGCUUGCCAAGCGCGAGCGCAAAGAAGUGCCGCUCCCCAGCCAGGAGGGUACCAAGGGGCUGGUGCAAUAUGCGCUCACCACGCUCGACAUCGUCACCAACUGGGCGCGCCAGUCGUCGCUGUGGCCCAUGACCUUCGGGCUGGCGUGCUGCGCGGUCGAGAUGAUGCACCUCUCGACGCCGCGCUACGACCAGGACCGGCUGGGCAUCAUCUUCCGCGCGUCGCCGCGGCAGUCGGACGUCAUGAUCGUGGCGGGCACGCUGACCAACAAGAUGGCGCCCGCGCUGCGCCAGGUCUACGACCAGAUGCCCGACCCGCGCUGGGUCAUCAGCAUGGGCAGCUGCGCCAACGGCGGCGGCUACUACCACUACAGCUACAGCGUCGUGCGCGGCUGCGACCGCAUCGUCCCCGUCGACGUCUACGUCCCCGGCUGCCCGCCCACCAGCGAGGCCCUCAUGUACGGCAUCUUCCAGCUGCAGAGGAAGAUGCGGAACACCAAGAUCACCAGGAUGUGGUACCGCAAAUAGGCUUUUUGGGGGGAUUGCCGGAUGGAGCGCGCGUUGCUUUCUGUGGGAUUCGGUGGACGGGAUAUGAUAUCCUUACGGGUGAAAAGCUAGAGAAGCGGCCUUGAGACUUAGGAUAGAGGGUUCGUGGCAAGGACGGUUUCGCCAGACGCCUCUGCAAUUUUCCUUUGUCGCCCCCCGACUGUGCCGAUUCCCGGUCUGUACAUAUGGUUUAGAGACGCCUGAGCACAAACCGUUCCGGGCUGUACAAGCA